AUGAUCACAACACAGAAGUUCGACAUGCUCCUCUACGUGCUUUGUGCGCUUCUCCUGCUCAAUGCCUUCACAACAGAGGCCUGCAUUGAUCAGGGAGAUACAAAGCAAUGUCAAGAGUGGAAAGCAGAAGGCCGCUGUAAAGAUGAGUCAGACUUCUACAUGAAGGCAUUCUGUGCUCAAACAUGUCGUUUUGUGGUUGGUAGCUCGAUAGAGCAUAAAGAAUCAAAUAAAUUUUGA